GUCUAUUUAUUCCCUUCGGCGACGCUUCCUCCGUCCUUCCGGUUCGUUUAUUUAUUUCCCCCCCUUUCCUUCUCCAACGACGCAUUGCUUUUUCCUCAAGCGGGCGAACAAAUUCCCAGAGGAUUCCAUUCGUGCGCGGGCGGGCGUGAUCGCGAGCUUCCAUUACGGGCGCGGAAUCGGGUGCUGGUCGAUCGAGGAGCUCCUUCGAUUCGGGGAUCGGCUUCUGCGCGGGAUUCGGUUCCCAUCUGCUGCUACAAAGGGUGUGCGGGGCGGGCCUCUGAGGUCGUUGCGACUGGAGGAGGCAAGGAGCCAUGGGGGCGGGGGUCUCGAGCUUUUUCUUCGGCGCGGCGGCGGAGGCUGCGCCGGGUGCUGCGGGCCUGGGCGACCUGCCGGAGCUCUGCGCCGCGCAGGUGCUGCUCCGCCUCGACGCGCCGGAGAUCUGCCGACUCGCGCGCCUCAACCACGCGUUCCGCGGCGCCGCGGGGGCUGACUUCGUGUGGGAGGCCAAGCUGCCGGAGAACUACCGCCACCUGAUCGGGUACGUCGAGGGCGGGGGCGAGGAGGGCAGGCGCCGGCGGAGGCGGGCCGGGACCAAGGAGAUCUACGCCAGGCUCUCCAGGCCCGUCUCUUUCGAAGACGGCACCAAGGAAUUUUGGCUAGAGAAGAGCAAAGGUAGGGUUUGUAUGGCGCUAUCCUCCAAAGCUCUGGUCAUAACUGGCAUCGAUGACAGGAGAUAUUGGACACACAUGCCGACCACAGAAUCGAGGUUCCAGUCCGUGGCAUACCUUCAGCAAAUCUGGUGGUUUGAAGUGGUUGGGGAGCUCGAUUUCUGCUUCCCUGUGGGAACCUACAGUUUAUACUUCAGGGUUCAUCUUGGGAAGUUCAGCAAGCGGUUUGGACGCCGUGUUUGCAGCACCGAGCACGUCCACGGCUGGAACAAGAAGCCGGUGCGCUUCCAGCUCUCCACCUCGGACGGCCAGAAUGCAUUAUCUCAAUGCUACCUGGAUGAGCCCGGGAGCUGGGUUCUGUACCAUGCAGGCGAUUUUGUUUCCACAAAUCCCGGCCAGGCACUGAAGCUGAAGUUCUCGAUGGCGCAGAUUGACUGCACGCACACGAAAGGUGGCCUGUGCGUCGACUCGGUGCUUGUGUACCCCAAGGGCUUUCAGCAAGAGAAGGUGGUGACCGGCAAGAUCUCAGAGAUGCGAUCGUCGUAGUUGUAGUGGUGGUGCUUGCACUGCUAGAGUUGUAGACAAACGCAGCUUGUAGCCCAAUCCUAUUAUCAAGUUGGGCUCUGGUAUGCAACGGAUGAAACGUCUGUGUAAAGAACUGUAGUCUCAGGGUCUGUGUGGUCAGCUACGUCCGAGAGUGGUUUGUGUGUCGUCCCCAUGGGUAAUUUUUUUUCUCUCCCUGGUGCUAAAUGAGACUUUGAUGCUACGGAUGAAACCGGUUGUGUUGAAAUGAGAUCAUAGGUUUUGUUUCCAUGUUC